UUUGUGAAGGCUCCCAAAACCCCAAUAAGCAACAAUCUAAAGAAGAACACUUUUUGAAGAAAAACAUUUAUACAGUUUAACUACUAGGUCUCUGUUUCUCCUGCUGUGUACUGUGUAGUAGAAGCAUUCUAGCACAAUGCAUCUCUUUCUCUCUUGCUCACCGGCUGCCAGUAGUGUGCAACCAACAUUGCCUUUAGCCCAUAGAGAUAGAUACAGAACCCAAGUGCCCAAAACCCUGUUUUAGCAUGGGCAGCACCAUUGAGGACACAUAAUUUUGAAGUAGUCAACUGGAUAGGUCUUCUUAUGGGUUAAGGUUCACAUAAUUCUAACCAGGUCAUUAGCCAAUUAAUUAGACUCAUGAGCAAACGUUCCAUAACUGCAGGUGGCAGUAAAUCGCCAACCUAGGCUUUAUACCUGUUCAAACAACACCCUUCAGGUGGCAGUAUGCACCCUUUCAGUUUGUUUACCAACUCAUAGAAGAAAAUGGACUACUUCAAAAUUGAGAUGGCCUCAAUGGCGCUGACCGUGCGCUCACAGACAUAGCAUCUUCUAAUUAUCACUAUGCUUUAGCUGUUGGGCUGCAGCAAGCUGGCGUUAGAAACUUGAAAUAUUAGACUUUUUGAAAUCCAACAGAUUUUGAAUCAGGGGACCACUUGAGGGCAAUGGUGCACACCAGGCGCUGCACCAAAGCUGAAGGAGACCUUCAAGUCUGCGCAGGUUAAUCCUUGACCUUUGUCUAAACAAAUUACCAGUGUAUUCCAGUAGUGUCAGGUUCGAAUGAUAUGUGGAAGAUAAGCUUGCACCCCCCAAAAAUGCAUGACAUACUGAAUUAAAUUUUGAUAUUUCUGUAUACCGGUAGUCAACCUUACCUAGGGUUGCAAAUAUCACAUGUAACAUAUAUUGAAUAAGAUGAUAAAAAAAUGACAAACAUUAUCCUCAAUAUAAACCAACUUAGAGAAUACCAUUGGUGUUUCAUAUGAGGGUUUCAGCAUGAAAUAUGUAAUUAUUUUUUACAAACUAUGUCAAUAUGUUUGUUAAUGUUUUGGCGUCAAACUGGGAAAGGGGGAUACCUAGUCAGUUGUACAACUGAAUGCCUUAAACUGAAAUGUGUCUUCCGCAUUUAACCCAACCACUCUGAAUCAGAGAGGUGCAGGGGGGCUGCCUUAAUCAACAUCCACGUCUUCGGGCGCCCGGGGAACAGUGGGUUAACUGCCUUGCUCAGUGGCAGAAUGACAGAUUUUUACCUUGUUAGCUCGGGGAUUCGAUCCAGCAACCUUUUGGUGGUGGCAGUUGUGGAAAGUUAAUUGAAAAUAACGCCAUUGUUGAUUUCUUUCAUUAAUUAGGCUAUUUUCUCUUGAACCAUAUGGUAUAUUUCAGGGGUGUCAAACUUAUUCCACGGAGGGCCGACUGUCUGCGGGGUUUGAGUUUUUUCCUUUCAAUUAGGACCUAGACAAACAGGUGAAGGGAGUUCCUUACUAAUUAGUCAUCUUAAUUUAUCAAUCGAGUACAAGGAUGGAGUAAAAACCCAGACACUAAGCCCUCUGUGGAAUGAGUUUGACAUGUGGUCUUUCUACAUGAAACUCAUGGACACAUAUUAAAUUAAUACUAAAUAUGAAAACAUUUUUAAAAAGUUAAGUGUAAAUUACCAAAAUUAUGAUAGAUUGCCAUAGACUUUCUGAUAAUUACUGAAUAUUCUGGUAAAUUACCGGUAGCUUUGCAACCUUAACCUUACCAUUCAUUUUGGAUUUUUGGAUCUGCAUAUAGCUGGGUCUACAAAACAUGGCCUAGGAUGUGGACUGAUCUUGACAAAAGGCCACUUUUGAGAUCUGAAAACAUCUGAAGUUUAAUAUCCGUUUAAGGCUGUGUUGAUUUUCUGUGGAAUGUGACUCCUUUUCAUCUGAUUCCAAUUGAUUUCAUGUAACAUUUAAAAUAAAACGCUUUCCCUAAAGUUAAUGAAUGAAAGAGUCGAGGGCUUAGUGGCCAGAUAGGAUUUCAUGUUCCCUGCUAGCUACAGAGCUCUAAAACCUAAAUGAGGACCUCACCAAGUGUUGGGCUCUUGUUUAGCCUAAGUAGUAUUGCUUUGAGCACGAGGUGCUAUUCAUAGUCUUGACACUUGAGACAUUUUGGCAAAUCAACUGAUUUUCUCUAGAUGAAAAAAAACUUGACUCAUAAAGAGCCAAUCUCAAAAACUCAUAUCAGUUACAUCAACACAUGGUUUAAUUUGAAAUAAUUAGUUAUACAUGAGGCAGCAGUAGCCACUCAGAGUCCAUUGAAUCGGGCCACUCUGGACACCCUUGCGAGAGUUUCUGGCCUUUCCUCUUUAUGUUUGUAUCCCCAUGCCCAACUUGCUCAUGUUUCCUUCCAGUGCACACACUUAGUCCCCAGAAUCACACUGGACAUAUCUGGUUUUAUCUCAGAACAGUGCUCAUUGUUCCCUACAACGAUAUUUAUCAAUACGACAAAACAGUAUGUCUGUUGUAUUGCCUCAGGACCUGGGAUUAUCUCCCUGUUAUCAGGUGUAUUUUAUUAAGAUGCUGGAUGAGGCGGGCUGGCUGAGUCAGUCCAAGUGCUACCACAGGAUAGGGGGACGGGCUUCCCAGUCGCUCACUAGCUUCUCUUUGGCCAAUACAAAGAGAGGGACAGAGAGAGUGUGAGGAGUGUAAGCGACGACGGCUGACAGAAGAUGGUGCUCCUGACCGCCAAAAUCAUGGAGAGAACUACGCUCUUUGUCACAGUCGGGGGUCUGGUCACUACCCUUGUAACCACCUUCAUCCCCCUGUGGAAGACCUUGAACUCUGACCUGAACUAAGCGGAGAACUGGUACUCAGGCCUGUGGCACACCUGCAUCUUCACAGAGGAGGUUGGGAUAGCCUUUGAAACCCUCAUGGCCCUGUCUGUGGACUUGCUGGCCUCCAUGGUGCUCAUGCUGGUGUCGGGCACCAGGGCCCUGGCCAUGGUGGUGGCCUUCCCAGGCCUGGAGGGAGUGGAGCUGGGCUCUGGGAGGCAGCAGGGUUUGAAGAAGGGCCUCCUCAUUGUCAGUGGUGUGCUGUCCUGGGUGUCGGGGCUCACCACUCUGGUCCCUGUCUCCCUGGUGGCCUACGUGACUGUGGUCGAGUUCUGGGACGAGAACCUGCCCGACGUGGUUCCAUGCUGGGAGUUUGGCGAGGCCAUGUUCUCUGGCUGGUUUUCGGGCCUCUUCUUUGUGGUUGUGUACAUGGCGGACCACAACCGGCAGCAGCGAGUGGCCAGCCUCCCAAACACCCCCCAGGAGAAGCCAAGGGGGCAGUACUACUUAAAGACAGGUUUCAUAGUCAAAUUUUCAGUUGAUCAAGUUAUCUUUAUUGUCCCAAUUGGGAAAUUUGUUGUGCAGUCGGGGUUCAGCAAUUGAAAGAAAACAUUUAAAACAGUGACAACCAUACAAUCGAUAUAAACAUAACAUGAAACAAUGAGAUGGAUAAAAAGGAGUAAUCAUUGUGCAGAAGUGCAGCAAUAGAUGGACAUUUCAUGUGCAGAUUCAGAAAGUUAAUGGCCUGCGGGAUAAAAGAGUUAUUGUAUAUGUUGCUAUUGAGUUUGGGAAGUCUUUGAUGACCUGAGGGGAGAAGCGCAAAAUGGUCAAGGAGGGGGUAACCAGGACAGUCUGAUACCGUUAGUUCUCUUCACCACUUGCUUUCUGAACGUCACUGAGCUGUGCUUGUUGCCUUCUGAUGACCUUGCUGGCCACCUUAACCAUCCUGUACAACCUAUUUCUGUUGCAAACAUUAAGAUUGUCAAACCAAGCCACCUUUGAGAACAUCAAUACGGAUUCAAUAAAACUCCUGUAAAACAGUG